GAAGAGUUUGAGGAAGACGGCACCAUUCCUCCUACACAGUCUAAACAGCUACUAAUGGCGCCUUCCAACGAGAGCAAGCAGUCACAUUUGGGGAUAUAUAAUGCUAUGAUGAGGGCUGAGGGCCGCCACCUUUUCACCACCUCAGAUGAAGAUGAUGUGAUUAUGAAGCAGAUCCUGGCCACCCACGCUUACGAUUGCCAGGAGAUCGACAUCAGGGCUCUUCUCAAAGUCGUCGAGGAAAUCUUUCAGCCCUCCACCCCCUCUACUCCCGCCCCGCUUGCUUGGUACAUGGAUCGCUUGGACCAGAGAACAGAACAGACUGCUUUUGUCGGUAUGCCUGAAGCAUUGGUCGUUCUCAUAUACAACAUCUGCUUCGAGGUUUGAGCAUACUUUUUAUCUCUCACACCCAUUCAUUGAGUACAAAAUUUCGGUGCUGGUCGGGAGCUGCAAACCCAUGGUAACUGUCAAGGAAAUGAAAUCUCAAGAAUAAAUUUAAAAUAUUCAUUAAGAGUGAAUAUUUUUCAUUUCCAUCUCUGAGAAUCCAUUCCCCUAGCAAGCAGCGGCCAAGUUUUAU